AUGCAAGAGUUUGAGAAUAUGUCCAUCCGUGAAGCAAAAUAUUAUGAGUGGGGGCUCCCUAAAUCAACAGCCAUACGUAAGCUCAAAGAAUGGAGCGAAAGGACAAGUAACAUAGAUGAGAAUGGCUUUCCUGAUACUAUUACGAUAGGGGAGCACAAAGGGCGGACAACAAUACUUAAAGAUGAGCACAUUGUCUUUAUUUUUGAAAUGCUACUUAAUGAGUCAACAAUGACCGUUGAAGCUGUUAUAGAUCAACUUUGCGAGGAGUUGAAGAAUAUAAAAAUGACUCCCAGA